UGUGUGUCCAGAGGCAUGUUUGUGUGGAAACCUGUGUGUGUGUGUGAGAGAGAGAGUCUGUGUGUGUACUACACGGCAGUAACAGGGCUUGUCGCUGUGUGUUUAUCUGUUUGUACACAAUGCAUUUAAAUGUUUCUGUGUCUGGGCUGAUUUCUGUAAGCAGGUGGUGAUCAUUAACAUUCUCUCUCCCAGGCUGAUCUCCCGCUCCUGAUAAACCAGCUCCAUCCAUACAUUUUCCAAUCACGUUAUCCAAUUCUGAGUCGCAGGGGAGCCAGAGCCUAUCCCAGCAAGCAACCGGCGCGAGGCAGGGUACACCCUGGAUGGGACGCCUGUCCAUCCCAGGGCACACAGACACACACACACACACACACACACACACACACACACACACCAGGGCCACCCCCCGAUAAACCUUAGACACACACAGAAAGGUCUGUACCUUCUCUUCAUUCUCAAAGGUCUUAGAGGAACUAGAUCUCCUCGGUCUUGAUGGACGGCGACGGAGCCUGAGAUUUGAAGCCCAGCUCAAACAGCCGCAUCCGGAGCACAGGAGCUCGUUAGCACAGUUUGAACACUAGCGGUCUCUGGAGGUGCGAACGAGCUGUAGUGUGUGCUUGACUGAUGGUGUGACUGAGGCCAGGGAUAGUCGGCUGCUUACGUCCGUAAAUAUGUAAAAAUAAACACAGACACACUAAAGAGAAGUAAAUAUAGACGCCAUGUUUUCACGGAUUCAUGUCAUUCUGCUCUUUGGGUGUGUGAAGUCACCAGAUGAGAUGACAGCAGCCAGUUAUCAGAAAGCACCCAUUGGUUUGUGAGAUCAGCUCUAUGAAUAACCCUUAAUUACUCCAAUUAACAGCCAGAGUGCCGCUUUACUGUUAAUCAUGAAUUUCUUUGUCAUGGUAGAGAGACUGCAAGGCACAGAUAAGAACUCCUAUCCUCACCAAGACUGCACAGAGACACAAGUAUCACAGAUGUUAUAGUGCACAGCUCUGGAGCAAGUCAGAACAGACACCCACCAGCUAAAAGGUCUUCUGCAGCAACAGACACAGAGCUCCUCUACACUAACCCUGUAUUGACACAGAGCUCUGCUACACUAAUCCUGCACUGACACAGAGCUCUACUUCACUAACCCUGUACUGACACAGAGCUCUACUUCACUAAUCCUGCACUGACACAGAGCUCUACUACAGUAAUCCUGCACUGACACAGAGCUCUGCUACACUAAUCCUGCACUGACACAGAGCUCUACUACACUAAUCCUGCACUGACACAGAGCUCUGCUACACUAAUGCUACACUGACACAGAACUCAACUACACUAACCCUGUACUGACACAGAGCCCCUCUACGCUAAUCUUGCACUGACACAGAGCUCAACUAUACUAGACCUGCACUGACAUGGAGCUCCUCUACACUAAUCCUGCACAGACACAGAGCUCCUCUACACUAACCCUGCACUGACACCGAGCUCCUCAACACAAACCCUGCAGUAACACAGAGCUCUGCUACACUAAUCCUGCACUGACACAGAGCUCUACUACACUAAUCCUGCACUGACACAGAGCUCUGCUACACUAACCUUCCACUGACACAGAGCUCCUCUACACUAAUGCUACACUGACACAGAACUCAACUACACUAACCCUGCACUGAAACUGAGUUCAACUAUACUAACCCUGCACUAACACAGAGCUUUGCUACACUAACACUGCACUGACACAGAGCUCCUCUACACUAACCCUGCACUGACAAAGAGCACUACACUAGCCCUGCGAUGACACAAAGCUCAACUACUCUAACCCUGCACUGACACAGAGCUCCUCUACACUAACCAUGCACUGACACAGAGCACAACUACACUAACCCUGCACUGAUAAAGAGCUUCUCAACACUAGCCCUGCACUGACACUGGACUAAACUGCACAGACACAGGGCUACACUGCAUUGACGCAGAGUAACUCUACACUAACAAUGCUCUAAUACAGAGCUCUUCUACAAUAACAAUGCACAGACACAGGGCUACACUCUACUAACCCUUGCAGUAAUAGAUACAAUUAUCACAGAUUAUCACAGACCUCAUAUUCCCUCUUAUUACACUGACACAGAGCUCAUUUAUCCUAACACUAAACUGACACAGGGUCACACUGCACUAAUGCAGAGUUCAACUACACUAACCCUGCACUGGCACAGAGCUCUUCUGCACUAAUUCUUUAUAGCACAGCUUUCCUCUACACUAAUACACUGUAGCACAGAGCUCCUCUACUGUAACAAUCUGUAGCACAGAGCUCCUCUACAGUAAUACUUUGUACCACAGAGCUCCUCUACAGUAAUAUGUUGUAGCACAGAGUUCCUCUACAGUAACACUCUGUAGCACAGAGCUCCCCUACUGUAACAAUCUGUAGCUCAGAGCUCCUCUUCAGUAAUACGUUGUAGAACAGAGUUCUUCUUCAGUAACACUCUGUAGCACAGACCUUUUCUACAGUAACAAUCUGCUGCACACAGCUCCCCUGUGGUAACACGUUAUAGCACAGAGCUCCUGCACAGAGGAGAGUAAGACUCCAUAGCACAGACCUUUUCUACAGUAACACUCUGUAGCACAGAGCUUCUCAGCAGUAACUUUUUACAUCGAGCCAGCAAGUCUCUCAGUAUGAGUGUCCCCAAAUCCCACAAAAUCUCUAUCCAGGAGCACAUGGCGAUCAAUGUGUGCCCUGGGCCCAUUCGGCCCAUCAAGCAGAUCUCAGACUUCUUUCCCCGAUUCCACGACUUCCCUGCUAUGGUCCUGCCCAAGAGGGAUCCCCCCAUCCAGAGCUGUGACCCCCCGGAGCCUCCAGAAGAGCAGAAGGACAGAGAUGAAGAGAGGGAAGUGGAGAGAGAACGGGACAAGGAAUCGGACAUCGAGGCAGAAGGGGACAGUUACGACUCGGAUGAUGCUACAUACCUUGGAACCCUGGAGUUCAGCCUAUUAUUUGAUCAGGAGAACAACGCUCUCAACUGCAGUGUGCACAGAGCCAAGGGGCUGAAACCCAUGGAUUCUAAUGGCCUGGCUGACCCAUACGUCAAACUGCACCUGCUGCCUGGGGCAAGUAAGGCAAACAAAUUACGUACGAAGACUCUGCGUAACACUCUGAACCCAGUGUGGAAUGAGACUCUGACCUAUUACGGCAUCACGGAGGCUGACAUGGCACAGAAGACACUGCGGCUGUGUGUCUGUGAUAUGGACAGGCUGGGGCGCAAUGAGUUCAUUGGGGAGACUCGGGUUCCCCUGAAGAAGCUGACAGCUGGACAGACGAAGAACUAUAACAUCUGUCUGGAGAGGCAGCAGCUGACGAAGCUCACCACGAACACAGAGAGAGGAAUGGCUCUAUAUGAGGAAGAGGCUGUGGCCUGUGUAGAUCGGGGACGCGUCUUGGUUUCACUGUGUUACUCUGUCCAGCGGGGGGCGCUGUUGGUCGGCAUUGUCCGCUGUGCACACCUGGCGGCGAUGGACUCCAACGGAUACUCUGAUCCCUUCGUCAAGAUUGUUCUGCGUCCUGACACAGGCAAGAAGUCCAAGUACAAGACAUCUGUCAAGAAAAAGACUCUAAACCCUGAAUUCAAUGAGGAGUUUGUCUAUGAGAUCCCUCAUGAGGAGCUGGCAAAAAAGACUCUCGAGAUCUCAGUGUGGGAUUAUGACCUGGGGAUGAGCAACGACUUUAUCGGUGGUAUCCAGCUGGGAAUCGAUGCAAAAGGAGAGAGACUGAGGCACUGGUUUGAGUGUCUGAAGCACAAAGAUAAGAAAGUAGAGUGCUGGCACACACUGACCAAUGACAACCCAGACGUGAGCGACUGAUGGCACAGCUCCCUGCUCAACAAUGAGAUCAGAUUCAAGCUGUGUCAGUGUGCCUCCUGUUCUUGUGUGUUUAUUGCUGAGGGAUUCUCUGUUAUCUCCUGCCUCUCCCUGUGUCUUCUGUCCUGUUUUCUGUUUAUUGCAGAGGGAUUCUCUGACAUCUCUCUCCAACUGUGUCUUCUGUCCUGUUUUCUGUUCAUUACAGAGAGAUUCUCUGUCGUCUCCUCUCUCUUGCUGUAUAUCUUAUGUUGUUUAUUGCUAAGGGAUUAUCUUCUCUCUCACUGUGUCUUCUGCCCUGUUGUGUGUGUUUAUUAUUCAAAGAAUUUCUGUUGUCUCCUCUCUCACCA